AUGGCUGCUUUGUUCGGGAAUAUUAAUGAAUUCGAUGCCUACACUGAUCAGAAUUGGGAUGAAUAUAUCGAACGUUUAGAGCAUUAUUUCGUGGCGAACGAAGUCGAGGAAGCAGAGAAGAAAAGGGCGAUUCUGUUAACGAACGUUUUAAAUUUCACCAACGAAAGCAGCAAAGCUCAUAAAAAAGGGAGCCAGUAUUUGACAGGGCUGCGGAAGUUAAGUGAACAUUGUGAAUUUGGAGCCUUCUUGAAUGAUGCACUCCGUGAUCGCUUUGUAUGUGGGUUGUCAUCUCUGGUUAUUCAGAGAAAGCUGUUGUCAGAGGCGGACUUGACUUUAAAGAAAGCCUUAGAUGUUGCCUUGAGCAUGGAAAUGGCAGCUGAAGAAGCGAAAAGGCUUGCUGGUGAUGGCCCUGAGAGGGAUCAUGGUUGCAACAAGAUGUCCAUUGAAUGCUUUCGUUGUGGAAAACCAAAUCAUGUGGCCGAUGCUUGCUUUCAUAAGAAGAGUAGAUGUCAUAAUUGUCAUGAAGUUGGUCAUCUGGUAAAACAAUGCCCCAGGAAAAAUGGCCAAAGACAGAAUACAACAAGCAAACAUAAGAAAUCAGAUGAUUUGAGUGUGGGAAAGGUGGUAAAGAAGAAUUCAAGAGUUAACAAGGUGGCUGCCCAAGAGUCUGAUGAUUCUGGCGAUGUGUCUGAAGGGGAUGUAUCUGAUGAAUGGCCCAUUUACACCAUGAAAGCAGAAGGCCGAGAAGAAAUAAAAGUCAAAGUAUCCAUUAAUACGUACCCCAUAGAAAUGGAACUUGACACAGGGUCUUCGGUUUCCUUAAUACCUGAAAAACUGUUUGAGAGCAAAUUUAAAGAGUCCAUGCCAUUAAAGCGUUCUUCGGUGACGUUACGAACGUUUACUGGUGAGAGAGUUCCUGUCCUUGGGGAAGCGGAGGUGCAAGUCGGGUAUGAAUCACAAAGAAUGAAGUUACCUCUGUUAGUGGUUAAGGGGGAGGGGCCCCCAUUGCUUGGCAGAAAUUGGCUUGCCAAACUGAGAUUAAAUUGGAGUGUUAUUCACUACACCACUAAGGUGAAAACUCCAAGUUUGGAAGAGCUAUCGAAGUCUUACUCGGUGUUCAAUGGCAAACUGGGGACGGUGAAAGGAAUCACAGCAUCGCUGAAAGUCAAGGACACCUGCCAGCCUAAGUUUUUUAAGCCAAGACCCGUACCGUUCGCACUUAAAGACAAAAUUGCAGAUGAACUGUUUCGGUUGGAGAAAGAGGGAGUUUUGGAAAAGGUGGAUAGUUCAGAAUGGGCUACGCCAAUUGUACCCGUAUUAAAGCCUGAUAACACAGUGCGUAUCUGUGGUGAUUAUAAGGUCACAAUCAAUCCGAUACUUGAUGUUCCAGAGUAUCCACUGCCCACAGCUGAAGAAAUUUUUAGUAAAUUGAAUGGUGGACAAAAGUUUUCAAAGCUGGAUCUAUCACAUGCCUAUCAACAGGUACUGCUUGAUGAAGAGUCACGCAAGUUGGUUACCAUUAAUACGCACCUCGGGCUAUACAGAUAUACACGAUUGCCAUUUGGUGUGGCGGCAGCCCCGGCUAUUUUUCAAAAAACUAUGGAUGAGAUACUCCAAGGGAUUGGCGGAGUCGGGUAUAUCCUUGACGAUAUUUUAGUAACGGGCAAAGAUGAUACAGAGCACAGGCAGAAUUUGGAGUUAACAUUACAACGAUUAGACGACUUUGGCAUCAAACUUAAAGAGUCGAAAUGUUCGUUCAUGCAAGACGAAGUAGAAUAUUUUGCUUUCGUGGUGAACAAAGAGGGUAUCCACCCUUCACCCAAGAAAGUGGAAGCCAUGUUGAAGCUCGAAGAUCCCAACAACAAGAAGGAGCUGCAAUCGUGGUUGGGUAUUGUGAACUAUUACCGGAAAUUUAUCCCAAACAUGUCGACGAUGGUUCAACCUUUGACUGAUCUUUUGGCAAAUAACGUGGAGUGGGUUUGGACGGAAGAAUGUGCAAAUGCCUGUCAACUAGUUUAG